CCUGGGACGGAGGCCAGCCUUAUGCCUGGAUUUACAAGGCAAGUGGUUACACACAGCCCAGCCCCAGUCCUGGGCACUCUUGAUCUUGAUUUUGAUACUUGGUGCGCCGAUCUAAACAAAGCGCAUCAGACCUCAAGAUGGCUUUUCUAGGAGACUAUAUAUGGCCUCUUGUGGCCACGCAAUGGACUUUUCAACAGAAGCCAUGUUUAAAACCUUGCCCUGCAGCGUGUGUUUGUUUACAUCUGAGGAUUUCCCAGGUCAAGCGAGGGAUGAUGUUUUCUAAUAAUUUGUGUGCAGCUAAUUAUAACUAAUCAUGCAUGAAAAUAAAUAAAUUGCAUAUAUAGUGAUAUAAUAUCUAGAUAUUUUAUUAUUUAGGAAAAUUUGGGUUUAGUUGUUUGCGUGAAUAAUAUAGUCUCUUAGUUUCUUGUGGUGUGCCCAGGCCUAGAGCUGGGGAGAAAACGGUCUGGCGCGUCCACUCAACUUUGCCCUGGGCUGGGCGAUUUAGCCAGGGCUGGGCGCCCAGCCCCGGCUAAAUCGCCCAGCCCAGGGGUAUCAGUGACUAGUGUAACCGCACCUUUUAUGCGGCAUACAAGAUUAUUGGAGAGAAGAUGUUAGCUGCUUACCCUAGUAUCGAGAGGGAAGGGAAACAUAAAUGGAGCCAGUAUGCGAAAGCACUCAGUCAAAGUAUACGCACAGAGCGUUUUAGACGUAAAAGAAAAAGCCUUCCUGUAACUCAAGAACAACAGCUGCCCCCUAAAAGAUUCACCAUGGGGAAGCACACAGUUACAGACGCCAGCAGUGCUCUUCCAGAAGAAGAGUUUGAAAAGCAUGUUCUUGAAAUCCAGAAGGUUUGGAAUACUUCAGCAAGCAGUAGCUCACAUGUAGAUAUGCUGCUUAGGGAAUCCUACUGCAACAGAAGACAAUGGUUGCCAUAUCUACCAAAUGGAAAAUUGGCACCAAUACUGGAGAAAUUCCCAUGUUUUCAAGAGUCAAGCUAUGUACUGCGUGAAGUGGAACGCAUGUUGCUAUGUGAAAUAUCAACAUGGAAAGACAGAUUGGAGAAAAUUGUAGAGACUCUGAGUGAUCAAGUACCUUCUAGUACACGUAACAAUGAUGGAAGUGUUUAUUUUCUUGUAAAUGUGUCAGUUUAUUGGGUACGUGACUAUACACUUGCCCCAUCUGGUAAAGUGUCCCUUACUGAUGGUAAAGAAAAGGCAAUAAAUAUCAAGGUUCUGCGUGAUACAGGAAGUGAUGUGUUCGAGUACAUCUUGUGUAGCCUCAGCUGUGCUGGGGUUCCCACGGCCCAGUGCAACUUCAACAUAAGAUGGGGAAAUAGACCAACUUUGCAUAAUACUGUGUUGGGUCCUCGUGGCUCAGGAGAGCUGCCUCCCCACCCCUCCCCCCACGCUGGGAACUACAAGAACUGCCAUACUGACUCACUCAAGUAG